AUGUUGCAUGGUACUGCGUACGCGCACUGCCGAACGACUGGUUAUCGUAUUCAAGUCUCUUGCAUUCUCCAGGGGUCUGUUCACAAUGGCUUGGCUUCCGUCCAAUCUGGCUAUGAAACCAGCCCAAUACUUCUCACCCCUGUAAACCGGACCUGGUUCGCCUGCAACCCGGAAGAUUUCAUUAAUCCUUUCGCAUUGCGAUACAACCUUCUCGUAUUUGAAAGCUUUGCGGCAAUUUUUGGUCUUUUGGGUUAUGUGGUCACAAUUACUAGGCAGCGACUACUGGAUGAGCGGCUCGUAGACAAAGUACGACGACAAAUCGCCGCAGUCGUAUAG